ACGAACACACGGUGAGGCGCCCCGGCCGGCGCGGCCGCCCCGGGCUAGCUCCCCAGUUGCCCACUGAGGCAGGCCCCACGCAGCCUGGAGGGCCCGGCGGCCCGGUGGUGCCCCGCUGCGGCCCGAGGACUCCUUCCGGUUGGGCCUGGCGGAGCAGGAACCUUGGGAGCGUGGAGGAGGCAUUUCCGUGCGCUCCCGGGACAGGGCUCCGCUCCCGAGUGACAGGGCCUCCUUCCCCCGGCCUGGGCCUCAGUGGCGCCGCACCCCAGGGUCUCGGGGGUCCUGGGACCCUGGGGCCAGGAAGGAGCCUGGGAAGGGUUGAGGUUCAUCCACCGCGGGAGCGGGGCAACGGGCAGGCUGGGCUCGGGGCUUUUGCCCCCCAGGGAAGGAGACUGCCUUCUGGCUACUGAGGGCUGCGACGCCGAGGAAGAUGGAUGCAUCGUGAUUACCCGGCAGCCACUAACCAGGAAAUAUCCUACACUUUAUGGUCUCCUUUGGCUUUUAUCGCCCGCUUCUGCCCAGACCGGAUUAAAACCCUGGGGUGGGGCAGCAUUAAUAAACUUGAAUUGAAGAGCAGUUUAUACUUACUUUAUCAAGAUAAAGAGGAAGUUGUCUUAUGGAUGAAUACUGUUGGUCCCUACCAUAAUCGUCAAGAAACAUAUAAGUACUUUUCACUUCCAUUCUGUGUGGGGUCAAAAAAAAGUAUCAGUCAUUACCAUGAAACUCUGGGAGAAGCACUUCAAGGGGUUGAAUUGGAAUUUAGUGGUCUGGAUAUUAAAUUUAAAGAUGAUGUGAUGCCAGCCACUUACUGUGAAAUUGAUUUAGAUAAAGAAAAGAGAGAUGCAUUUGUAUAUGCCAUAAAAAAUCAUUACUGGUACCAGAUGUACAUAGAUGAUUUACCAAUAUGGGGUAUUGUUGGUGAGGCUGAUGAAAAUGGAGAAGAUUACUAUCUUUGGACCUACAAAAAACUUGAAAUAGGUUUUAAUGGAAAUCGAAUUGUUGAUGUUAAUCUAACUAGUGAAGGAAAGGUGAAACUGGUUCCAAAUACUAAAAUCCAGAUGUCAUAUUCAGUAAAAUGGAAAAAGUCAGAUGUGAAAUUUGAAGAUCGAUUUGACAAAUAUCUUGAUCCGUCCUUUUUUCAACAUCGGAUUCAUUGGUUUUCAAUUUUCAACUCCUUCAUGAUGGUGAUCUUCUUGGUGGGCUUAGUUUCAAUGAUUUUAAUGAGAACAUUAAGAAAAGAUUAUGCUCGGUACAGUAAAGAGGAAGAAAUGGAUGAUAUGGAUAGAGACCUAGGAGAUGAAUAUGGAUGGAAACAGGUGCAUGGAGAUGUAUUUAGACCAUCAAGUCACCCACUGAUAUUUUCCUCUCUGAUUGGUUCUGGAUGUCAGAUAUUUGCUGUGUCUCUCAUCGUUAUUAUUGUUGCAAUGAUAGAAGAUUUAUAUACUGAGAGGGGAUCAAUGCUCAGUACAGCCAUAUUUGUCUAUGCUGCUACGUCUCCAGUGAAUGGUUAUUUUGGAGGAAGUCUGUAUGCUAGACAAGGAGGAAGGAGAUGGAUAAAGCAGAUGUUUAUUGGGGCAUUCCUUAUCCCAGCUAUGGUGUGUGGCACUGCCUUCUUCAUCAAUUUCAUAGCCAUUUAUUACCAUGCUUCAAGAGCCAUUCCUUUUGGAACAAUGGUGGCCGUUUGUUGCAUCUGUUUUUUUGUUAUUCUUCCUCUAAAUCUUGUUGGUACAAUACUUGGCCGAAAUCUGUCAGGUCAGCCCAACUUUCCUUGUCGUGUCAAUGCUGUGCCUCGUCCUAUACCGGAGAAAAAAUGGUUCAUGGAGCCUGCGGUUAUUGUUUGCCUGGGUGGAAUUUUACCUUUUGGUUCAAUCUUUAUUGAAAUGUAUUUCAUCUUCACGUCUUUCUGGGCAUAUAAGAUCUAUUAUGUCUAUGGCUUCAUGAUGCUGGUGCUGGUUAUCCUGUGCAUUGUGACUGUCUGUGUGACUAUUGUGUGCACAUAUUUUCUACUAAAUGCAGAAGAUUACAGGUGGCAAUGGACAAGUUUUCUCUCUGCUGCAUCAACUGCAAUCUAUGUUUACAUGUAUUCCUUUUACUACUAUUUUUUCAAAACAAAGAUGUAUGGCUUAUUUCAAACAUCAUUUUACUUUGGAUAUAUGGCGGUAUUUAGCACAGCCUUGGGGAUAAUGUGUGGAGCGAUUGGUUACAUGGGAACAAGUGCCUUUGUCCGAAAAAUCUAUACUAAUGUGAAAAUUGACUAGAGACCCAAGAAAACCUGGAACUUUGGAUCAAUUUCUUUUUCAUAGGGGUGGAACUUGCACAGCAAAAACAAACAAACGCAAGAAGAGAUUUGGGCUUUAACACACUGGGUACUUUGUGGGUCUCUCUUUCGUCGGUGGCUUAAAGUAACAUCUAUUUCCAUUGAUCCUAGGUUCUUCCUGACUGCUUUCUCCAACUGUUCACAGCAAAUGCUUGGAUUUUAUGCAGUAGGCAUUACUACAGUACAUGGCUAAUCUUCCCAAAAACUAGCUCAUUAAAGAUGAAAUAGACCAGCUCUCUUCAGUGAAGAGGACAAAUAGUUUAUUUAAAGCAUUUGUUCCAAUAAAAUAAAUAGAGGGAAACUUGGAUGCUAAAAUUACAUGAAUAGGAAUCUUCCUGGCACUUAGUGUUUCUAUGUUAUUGAAAAAUGAUGUUCCAGAAAGAUUACUUUUUUCCUCUUAUUUUUACUGCCAUUGUCAACCUAUUGUGGGACAUUUUUAUAUAUUGAAUCUGGGUUCUUUUUUGACUUUUUUUUUUUUCCCAAUCCAACUGCAUCCUUUUUUUUAAAAGAGAGAAUUAGAAAAUAUUAAAUCCUGCAUGUAAUAUAUCUGCUGUCAUCUUAGUUGGACCAACUUCCCAUUUAUUUAUCUUAAAACUAUACAGUUACAUCUUAAUUCCAUCCAAAGAAGAUACAGUUUGAAGACAGAAGUGUACUCUCUACAAUGCAAUUUACUGUACAGUUAGAAAGCAAAGUGUUAAAUGGAGAAGAUACUUGUUUUUAUUAAACAUUUUGAGAUUUAGAUAAACUACAUUUUAACUGAAUGUCUAAAGUGAUUAUCUUUUUUUCCCCCAAGUUAGUCUUACAUCUUUUGGGUUUGAAUGAAGGUUUUACAUAAGAAAUUAUUAAAAACAAGGGGGGUGGGUAAUAAAUGUAUAUAACAUUAAAUAAUGUAACGUAGGUGUAGAUUCCCAAAUGCAUUUGGAUGUACAGAUCGACUACAGAGUACUUUUUUCUUAUGAUGAUUGGUGUAGAAAUGUGUGAUUUGGGUGGCCUUUUACAUCUUGCCUACCAUUGCAUGGAACAUUGGGGUUUCUUCAAAAUGUGUGUGUCAUACUUCUUUUGGGAGGGGGGUUGUUUUCUUCUGUUUAUUUUCUGAGACUCCUACAGGAGCCAAAUUUGUAAUUUAGAGACAUUUAAUUUUGUUAAUCCUGUCUGGGACACUUAAGUAACAUCUAAAGCAUUAUUGCUUUAGAAUGUUCAAAUAAAAUUUCCUGACCAAA